AGUCCAAGGCAAGCGCCUGAAGCAAAGGACACUGAAAAGUGACACUCACUAUUUCAUAAAAAAUGCAGUGGCACUUCCAGUAAAUAACACUUCACACCAAGGUCAAAUAAUCUUCAAACCCACGCACUUACUUUCUCUCUGCCUCUCCCCUGCUCUCACUUUUUUUCUUUCACAACAUCAAAAAACAGAGACAGCUAAUACUAACAACAAAUUAAAAACUUCAAAAAAAAGUCACUCAUACCAAAACCACCACACAAAAACUCAUUCUCUAAAAGGAAUACAAAAAAUGUCCAAAAAAUGGAAUCUACACAAACCGAGUUUUUGGAGAAAAGAACAGAGCAGUGAGUCAAUGACGCAGUGAGCUCAGCGGAAUACCGAGAAUGACGGCUUCGGAGGAAGUACUGCCGUGGCUGAAGUCGCUGCCGGUGGCGCCGGAGUACCGUCCAACCGAGGCCGAGUUCCAAAACCCGAUCGCCUAUAUCUUUAAAAUCGAGAAAGAAGCCUCGCAGUACGGAAUCUGCAAGAUCAUUCCCCCGCUUCCCCCUUCUCCCAAGAAAACAGCAACUGCCAACCUCACGCGCUCCCAUCCUACCUUUACCACGCGCCAACAGCAGAUCGGCUUCUGCCCCCGGCGCCCGCAGCCCGUGCGCCGCCGCGUCUGGUACAGCGGCCAUCACUACUCUCUUCGGGAAUUCGAAGCCAAGGCUAAGGCCUUCCACAAAACCUACCUCAAGAAAAGCAAACCCAAACCCUCUCCUCUUGAACUCGAAACGCUAUACUGGAAAGCCACUUUAGACAAAUCCUUUUCUGUCGAAUACGCGAACGACAUCCCUGGCUCCGCGUUUAGCCCCCUCCGUGCUUUGCGCGAUGCCGAUUACGUUGGUGACACCCCGUGGAAUAUGAGGGUGGUUUCGCGAGGGAGUGACUCGCUUCUUAGGUUCAUGAAAGAGGAAAUUCCCGGCGUAACGUCACCCAUGGUCUACGUGGCGAUGUUGUUCAGCUGGUUCGCUUGGCAUGUGGAGGAUCAUGACUUGCAUAGCUUGAACUACCUCCAUUUCGGCGCUCCCAAGACUUGGUACGGCGUGCCUAAGGACGCUGCUGUGGCAUUCGAGGAGGUUGUCAGAGUUCAUGGCUAUGGCGGCGAGAUCAAUCCUCUCGUAACUUUUGCUAUUCUUGGCGAGAAAACCACGGUGAUGUCGCCGGAGGUUUUUGUUGGUGCCGGUGUUCCCUGUUGCAGGCUGGUUCAAAAUGCUGGGGAAUUUGUAGUGACCUUUCCAAGAGCGUAUCACACAGGAUUUAGUCAUGGGUUUAACUGUGGAGAAGCGGCUAACAUUGCCACGCCUGAAUGGUUAAGGUUUGCUAAGGAUGCUGCUAUUCGAAGAGCUUCCAUUAACUAUCCUCCCAUGGUGUCACAUUUCCAGUUGCUUUAUGACCUUGGCCUUGCCUUGUGUUCUAGAAUCCCUGGAGGCAUUAGAGCUGAACCACGGAGUUCUCGGCUUAAAUAUAAGAGAAAUGGUGAAGGAGAAACUGUAAUUAAAGAACUAUUUGUACAGGACGUGGUAGAGAACAAUGAUCUGCUUCACACACUCAGCAAAGGAUCUGCUAUAGUACUUCUCCCUCGUAGCUCUUCUGACUUUUCUGUUUGCUCAAAAUUACGAGUUGGAUCACGACAACUAAAAGUGAACCCUGACUUUUCUCUCAAUGUAUACAAUUAUGAGGGAAUGGAUUCCUCAGAUUUUAUUUCUAAUGACCUUAUGUUCAACAGGAAUCAUGGAAUCAAACAAGUAAAAAGUUUUUAUUCUGUAAAAGAGAAGUUUGUUACGUUGUGUGAAAGGAACAGGGUUUUGCCAUUAAGUUCAAAUGGGAACAUAUACACUUCAAGUUCAAAAACAGACAGUAAAAAGGAAACAGAUAAAGGAGAUGGAUUGUCAGAUCAUAGACUAUUUUCAUGUGUCACAUGUGGAAUAUUAAGCUUUUCCUGUGUUGCCAUUGUGCAGCCCAGAGAACCAGCAGCUACGUACCUUAUGUCGGCUGAUUGUAGUUUCUUUAAUGAUUGGAUUGUUGGUUCUGGAGUAACUAGCAAUAAAUUUUCAAUUGCCCAUGAAGAUGCAAGUAUUCCCAAGCCAAGAACAUAUACAGGAUGGACUAAACAAAAUGCCCAACAUGAUUCAAAUGGUGUUCCCAUUCAAUCUGUUGAGCACCAUGCACAGAUUGCUGAUCAAAAUUUUGAGGAGGCUUUAAAUUCUGGAAGAGAAAAAGGCAAUACAGCUCUUGCAUUAUUGGCAUCAGCAUAUGGAAAUUCUUCUGACUCUGAGGAAGAUCAGGGGGGAUUAGAUAUUGCACUUGAUGGUGAUGAAUUGAAUGCAGUAAACCAUUCGGCCUCUAAUGGAUCUCAGGAGAUGUCUAGUAUGCCUUCUCAUUUUCAAGAUCCCCAUACUAGUCCCAUGGUUAGAGUCAUUAGACUUAAUAAAGGAGAUGAUAUUCAUUCAAGAAGAAUAGACAAUUAUGAGUAUUAUAUGCAUAAGAGACUUGAGCAAAUCAUGACUCCUUUAAACUACUCUGUUAAGUCAGAAGAUCAUGACAACACUUCAGGGGUGGCAUUUAGAAAUACUAGGGCUGUGCCCCAUCCCACCUUGAAUUGUUCCCAAGAUACUCACACUGAUGAAGACUCGUCUAGAAUGCAUAUCUUUUGUUUAGAGCAUGCUGUAGAAGCAGAGCAGCAACUUCGUCCAAUUGGAGGAGCACACAUAUUGCUCCUAUGUCAUCCAGAUUAUCCAAAGAUAGAGGCUGAAGCAAAGUUUGUGGCAGAAGAACUGGGGAUUGGUUAUACGUGGAAGAAUACUGUAUACAGGCAAGCCAACAGGGAAGAUGAGGAGAGGAUCCAAUCAGCUCUGGAUAGUGAGGAAGCUAUUCCUGGAAAUGGGGACUGGGCUGUAAAGCUGGGAAUCAAUCUCUUUUAUAGUGCCAAUCUUAGCCGUUCAGCACUUUACAGUAAGCAGAUUCCUUACAAUUCUGUUAUAUAUAAAGCAUUUGGUCAAAACUCUCCAGCAAGCUCGCCUACAGAGCCCAAGGUCUAUCAGAGAAGGACCAACAAGCAGAAAAAGGUAGUUGCUGGGAAAUGGUGUGGAAAAGUUUGGAUGUCCAAUCAAGUCCAUCCCCUUUUAGCAAAAAGAGAUUCUGAAGAUGUUGAGGAUGAAACAAGCUUACAUGGGUGGCCAUUGCCUGAUGAGAAAAUUCAAAGAUCAGAAAGCAACCACAAAAGCAAUACCUCAACUCGAAAAUCUGGUAAGAAAUGGAAAAAAUCUGUUGAGAAAGGAGGAAUCUGGGAAGAAAGCUUUGUUGAGAGAGAUUCGCUUUCAGAUAACUCCAUUGAAGAUAAAUUCAAUAAAUAUCAAAGGAGGAUUAUUGGGGGUAAGCGCUCCAGGCAUAUUGAGAGAGAUGAUACUGCUUCGGAAGGGGAUUAUUCUCCUCUGCCACUUCAUAGAAAGCCUAUAACCAAGCAUUCAGAAUCUAGUGAAAAUGAUGGAAUGUCUGAUGAUUUGCUGGAUGAUGAUUCUUGUAUACAGCAUCGGAGGAGGGCUAACACCAAUGAAGCUAAAUUAAUUGACAGUGAUGUUUUUUCAGAUGAUACAAUGGACUAUGGUUCUGAUUGGUUGCGGAGGGGGGAGCUUAGCAAUGAGCAAGAUGCUAUUUCAGACGAUUCAUUGAGUGCUGGUUCUCUUGAACUGCACGGAAAGAUUCCCAAAGGCAACUAUGAUAAAUACAUUACUGAAGAAGACGUGAUUUCUGAUGACCAAAGGGAGGUUUGUUUAUGGAAGCAGAGAGGGAAGAUAUCUAAAGGCAGACAAAGAUCACUUUCUGCUAAAAGUGGUGAUGGUCUGAAGCACCAUAGGCAGAAGCAACAACAAAGGAAUCUGAGAAGCAGGCAAGACAAGCACUUUGCAGUAGAGAAUAUUACAUCUGAUGACCAAAUGGAGGGUCGUUCUUUCAAGUGUCAAAGAAGGAUUCCUAAAAAUAAGCAAGUGAAGUUCAUCGAGGUGGAAGAUGUAAUGUCUGAUGACCAGUUGAAGGGUGACUUUCAAAAGCCCCAAAGAAGUACUCGAAGGAGCAGGCAAAAUAAAUACAAUGAUAAAGAUGUUAUGAAUGACUUGGCAGAAAAUAAUUUUCAUAUACUGCAUAGAACUCGUAAAAGGAAGCAAGUUAAAGGUAUGGACGAGGACAAUAUAGAUUCAGAUGAUCAAAUGGAUGAUAUUUUGCAUCAGCGGCACAAAAGAACUCUUCAAAGUAAGCAAUCUAAAGCAGAGAUUCUUCAACAAACGAAACAAACUAAUCCACACCAUGCGAGAAACAAGACAUCCCAUCCUGCCAAACAGAAACAAGGUGCUCAUACUAAAAUGAAAUCAAGGGCUGCUCGGCAGACAAAGAAUCAAUCUGGUAACUCCAAAGACUUAACAUUACAUGUGGAAGAGGAGGAAGAUGGUGGACCUCGAACACGACUUAGGAAGAGAGUCCUAGAAAAAGAGUCAGAAGGAAAAUUGAAAGAAAAGAGAACCAAAAGGGAAAAGGAGAAGAAUACAACAGCUGCAAAGGUUUUAGUUGGCCAUGCCAAAACAAAGGAUGAGGAAUCAGAAUAUCAAUGUGACAUAGAGGGGUGCACCAUGAGUUUUGGGUCUAAACAGGAGCUGUUGCAACAUAAGAGAAACAUUUGUCCUGUGAAAGGAUGCGGAAAGAAGUUUUUCUCACACAAAUAUCUAGUGCAGCAUCGUCGAGUUCAUGAAGAUGACCGCCCAUUGAAGUGCCCUUGGAAAGGGUGCAAGAUGAGUUUCAAGUGGGCAUGGGCACGCACUGAGCACAUUCGAGUCCACACUGGUGCUCGUCCUUAUGUGUGUGCUGAGCCAGGGUGUGGACAAACAUUUAGAUUUGUUUCUGAUUUCAGUCGUCAUAAGCGAAAGACUGGUCAUGCAACCAAGAAGAAUUGUUGAUAGCAUGUGUGCUAGUGAUAGAUGUUAGCAUUGUUGACAAAUUUAUUAAUAUAUUGCUCAAUGUCGUCUAGGACUAGGUGUUAAUUAACUCUUUAGGAUAUAUUCCCUGAAUCUGUCAUUGGGAAUAACUAUUAAUUCUGCUUGGUAAGGUGUUUUUGUACCCAUUUAUUAUAGUAGCAAGCAAAGCAAUUUCUUAGA